GCUCUUAUCUGUGCAGACGAAUACAUCGACACUUCAGACAAUACAUGUUGGGAACAGGGGAUUUUCCCUCUUCCAUAUCCUUUACGGGUUCACGAAGGCGAAAUUGUUAUUGUAAAGUGGACAUUGAAGGGCACUAGAUUCGAUAUGGUGGUGGAAAAUUCCUUGAAUUUGAAUGAGGAAUCUCCCAAUAGAGAGCUCAUAACACGAGGUGAACGCGACUACCGAACAAUGAAUAAUGACAUGCUCCUUUAUGCUAUAACUCGUUUGCUACCCUCGGUUAGCCGAUACUCAUGGAAUUUAGAUAUCAGUCUUAGUGAUGAGGAAGCUAGUGUUGUUAGGAAUUUACCGCAUUUUUUGAUCGAUCCGAAGGAUAUAGAAGGUGCACUAGUGGGGGAAAUGGAUGAAGCUAACUCCGAUCUUUGCAUCAUUGUGUGGCCAAUUCGAGCAGAUGGUUCAGUGAGCGAAGUUUUUUUGAACUCAUUGCGAACUCUUCGGUGUGGUAAUGAUGUGCCGCCAUCUUUAAAGUACUGCGGCUUUCUCACAGAUCGCCUUUCUGCCCAUGGAGUCCUUGUUUCGUCCUCUAGACUGUCGAAACUAACUAGAGUACAGCCAAGCUCUUUCUGUGGUGCGGAUCUCUCUCCUAUUCAAAUGUACAACCUUUUGGAGUAUAGAGAUAUCGAUAUCUCAACUUUUGAACAUCAUGUCUGCUCAAAUGAUUUCGCAUUUUUACAUUUGGGAGAGGAGGACACGGAAUUAAUGUCGAAGAAAAUCGAGGUGCGGUGCACCAAUCCCGGCCUUAUUGAAGGUGUCUUAUAUUGGUGGCAGUUCGGUAACUAUUCAACUCGACAAGAUCGUGGAGCUUUUUUUAUUUUCAAAGAACCGAUUGCAGCCAAUGCUGGCACAGUGGUGAGUUAA